AGUCUAUGGAAUUUAUUCAUUUUUCAAAUCCUCAAAGUUCAAAGUUCAAACAAAAUGCAUAAUAUUACUUUCCUUACGAUAAUUCAUGUAAUUGGGGUAUUUUAUUUCAACCAAAUAAACAGUCUCUUCUCAGAUCAGUAAAAAAAACUCACACACACAGACACCGAUUAAGAACUCAAGAGAGAGGUUAGAGAUUCAAGAUUCUUGCCAGUACGGAAUUAUCCAGAACGAUUCGGAUCUACCUGAGGUAAUCGGAAUAGAAGGAAGCAGGAAUCGGGUUGGGAAGAGCCCCGAAAUGGAACGAAUGUCGGGUGAUCCGACAAUGGAGAUAUUGCAGGAAUCGGGUUGGGAAGAGCUCCGGAGAGAAGCUCGCAAGAUCGAAGGCGAUCUCGACGUCAAACUCUCGUCAUACGCUAAACUCGGCGCUAGGUUCACCCAAGGAGGAGGUUUUGUGGAGAGUGGUGGUUCCCCAACAAUGGGGAGCAGCAGGUCAUGGAAAUCCAUGGAAAUGGAGAUUCAAUCUUUGCUUGAAAAGCUUUUGGAUGUAAAUGAUUCAAUGAGCCGAUGCGCUGCAUCUGCUGCCUCUGCUACUUCAGUUAAUCAGAAAUUGGCAAGGCAUAGGGACAUACUCCAUGAAUUUACUCAGGAGUUCAGACGAAUUAAAGGAAACAUAAAUUCAAUGAGGGAACAUGCAGAGCUUCUUAGUUCAGUCAGAGAUGAUAUUAGUGAAUUCAAGGCAUCUGGUAGCAUGUCUCCGAAAAUGCAGAUAUUACGUGAGAGAGCUACCAUUCAUGGAAACAUAGCUCAUAUCGAUGAUGUCAUUGGUCAAGCUCAAUCAACUAAAGCUGCCUUGAGCUCCCAAAGAGCUUUGUUUGGCGAUGUUCAAGGGAAAAUGAAGCUACUUAGCGACAAAUUUCCUGUCAUCCGUGGCUUAAUUGGUUCAAUCAGAAGGAAGAAAUCAAGAGAUACACUCAUCCUAGCAGCAGUCAUUGCAGCUUGUACUCUAUUUCUAAUUGUUUAUUGGCUUUCAAAGUAAAAGCCGGUGGGUGAUAUACUGAGAUCUCACAGGUGAUGUUGUAAGGAAUUUUGGUGUAAGUUAGCUAUAUCAAAAAUAUGGUUUUACUUGUUCAACUACCUCUAUAUAUCUUCUCAUUCUUUUUGCAAGCAACUCUUAUGAAAUUUAGAUAGAAGUUCGCCUUUGCAUUGAUGAGGGAAACAUAAAAACUGAGCUGUAUGGAAAUUCAAUAUUAUUGAUACAAGUCAUACAAGCCACAUUCUUUUGUGCUGAGUAGAUGCUAUAAAGCAG